AUGACUUAUCCUAUCUCCGAGGAGAUUGUCCAACUUAAGGCUAAGGUGGCAACUCAGAAUAUCACCAUCCUGCAGCAGCAAACGUCCAUUGAUGGACUCAAGAAGCACACGCAAAACCUCGAGGCUAGGCUGAGCAUUACCAUGAAGGAGCCGGCACCCGCUCCGCCCGCACCCCCGGCGGUAGGUGCUGCGACGGCUAUGCAUCAGCCACCUCCAACUGAGACCUCGCCCUUUAGGUCUCUCUCGGCGCCUCUGCCUGAGUUUAACCAUAACAAGACGGAGGUGCAGCCUUGGCUCGACCUGGUGGAUUUCACUAUGAUCCUUGCGAAUGUGCGCCCCGAGGCUCGCGUCACUGCAGCUACUUGUGCAUUGGACGAGGUGGCCCGCAGGGCAGUGUAUGGCGCUAAGAAGCAGGCACAGGGACCGUUUGAAUGGCCGGAGUUCUGCACCGCGCUGAAAGAGGCAUUCAUGGUCAAGAAGUCCGACCUGGAACUGCGCAGAUGCCUUGAGUGUAUCAAGUGUCAGGACCGUUCGGUGCAGGAAUAUGCGGUCGAGUUUGAGGCCGCAGCACGUUUGCUCCAAAAGCCCUUGGCUGAGGAGGAGAUGAUGCACAUCUUCAUGAAGGGCCUCCCUGUCAACCUGCAGGAGGCACACAUGACCGGCGGCAUGACCAAUUGGACGACUUACAAGGAGAUGAAGGAGCAGGUGAUCAAAACCGACAACAUCAUUCGCACGUACAUUUUUGGCCCCAAAAAGACAGGCCUGCAGCCCCGUGCUGAAGGCUCUGGUGGUCAUGGGAACCGGCCCCAGAAUGCAAAGGGUGGAAGCGGGUGGAACAAAAGGCCUUUCCAGCAGCAUGAUCACCACCCUGGCCCACAGCCCAAGAGGCCUAACGGAGGGGGAGGUCAUAGACCUAACAAGCCGGACUUCUCCGAGAAGCAGUGUAGAGGCUGCGGAAGGAUGGGGCAUAUCUAA